AUGGACGAUUAUCACGUAAAUACUGCCUUCUCAAUGGGCAGACGUAAUAAACAGGAUGAUGGCAAUAGUGAAAGUAAUAGCAUGCACACACAACCAAGUACUAUGGCGCCCGCUACGCUGAGAAUGAUGGGCAAGAGUCCUCAACAGCAGCAGCAGCAGCAGAACACACCGUUAAUGCCUCCGGUAGAUAUCAAGUAUGUAAAUAGUGGUAAUUCUCAUCAAGCAGAGCAAAGGGAGAGGCGAGCAGAACUUGAAAGUAAACCCAGAGAGAACGCGGCAAAGUCAAAUGCCAUCAGCCAAAGUCGAGCUUCCUCUUCUCAGGGCAUGCCUAAGCAAUUCCAUAGAAAAUCAUUGGGAGAUUGGGAGUUUGUCGAAACAGUUGGUGCAGGUUCUAUGGGUAAGGUGAAGCUGGCAAAGCAUCGUUACACUAGUGAGGUUUGUGCAGUAAAAAUUGUAAACCGUGCUACGAAGGCUUUUCUGCAUAAAGAACAAAUGCUACCACCACCUAAAAAUGAACAAGAUGUUUUGGAGAGACAGAAGAAAUUAGAAAAGGAAAUAUCUAGGGAUAAAAGAACUAUUCGGGAAGCGUCGUUGGGACAAAUCUUGUAUCAUCCACAUAUAUGUAGGCUUUUUGAAAUGUGCACUUUGUCAAACCAUUUCUAUAUGUUGUUUGAAUAUGUCUCAGGUGGUCAGCUGUUGGAUUAUAUCAUUCAACAUGGAUCGAUACGAGAGCAUCAAGCAAGAAAGUUUGCUAGAGGUAUCGCGAGUGCCUUAAUGUACCUGCAUGCAAACAAUAUCGUGCAUAGAGAUCUGAAGAUAGAAAACAUCAUGAUUUCAGAUUCCAGUGAAAUCAAGAUAAUUGAUUUUGGGUUGUCAAAUCUUUAUGAUUCAAGGAAGCAGCUUCACACAUUUUGCGGUUCUUUAUAUUUUGCUGCUCCCGAGUUAUUAAAAGCAAAUCCUUAUACAGGGCCUGAAGUUGAUGUCUGGUCAUUCGGUGUAGUUUUAUUUGUCUUGGUAUGCGGUAAAGUUCCAUUUGACGACGAAAAUUCAAGCGUUUUACAUGAAAAGAUCAAGCAAGGUAAGGUUGAAUAUCCUCAACAUUUAUCUAUCGAGGUAAUAUCAUUGUUAUCCAAAAUGUUGGUGGUAGAUCCAAAAAGAAGAGCGACACUUAAACAGGUUGUUGAGCACCACUGGAUGGUAAGAGGAUUUAAUGGCCCCCCUCCUUCUUACUUACCGAAGAGAGUUCCAUUAACCAUCGAAACACUUGAUACAAAUGUCUUGAAAGAGAUGUAUCGUUUGGAAUUUAUUGACGACGUGGAGGAAACAAGAAGUGUUUUGCUCAGUAUAAUCUCUGAUCAUACUUACGUUCUUCUUUCCAGACAAUACUGGACUUUGGCGGCCAAAAUCAGGGCAGAAUCUAGCGAUAGUGAAAAUAUUCCAAACAUAACGGAGAGUUUUGAAGAUCCAACUAGGGCAUAUCAUCCAAUGAUUUCCAUAUACUAUCUGACCUCUGAAAUGCUCAAUAGGAAACAUGCGAAAAUACAGAAUCAGCAGCAGCGACAGAGUUCUGAAAAUAUAGAAAAACUUUCUGAAAUACCGGAAAGCGUAAAGCAAAAGGACGUUGAGGUUGAUACAACUGCAAUUAAAUCAGAACCGGAAGCUGCAUCAGCGACGAAAGAUACUGCUGUACCAUUCACUCCUAAAAACGGUGAUAAUACAGAGCCACCCUUACAUGUCUUAAUUCCACCAAAAUUAGCAAUGCCAGAACAAGCGCAUACAUCACCGACGAGUAGAAAAAGUUCCGAUAAUCAACGCCGUGAAAUGGAAUAUGCUCUCUCCCCAACUCCUCAGGGAAAUGAUUAUCAACAAUUUAGGGUACCCUCAACUACAGGUGAUUCCUCAGAAAAGGCGAAGUUUGGGAAUAUAUUUAGAAAAUUAUCACAACGCCGUAAAAAGACCGUUGAACAGGCAUCUGUUAAUAGUAACAAUAGUGUCAAUAAACCUGUACAAAAGACACAUUCACGCGCUGUAUCGGAUUUUGUUCCUGGCUUUGCUAAACCAAGUUAUGAUUCAAAUUAUACCGUGAAUGAACCUCUCAAGACUAGUGAUAAUAAAGGUAACAAUAAAGAGGACUUUCCAGCAUUGCCUGCGAAUGCAGAAAAUAUGGUGGAAAAGCAAAGAGAGAAGCAAAUGGAGGAAGAUAUAAUGAAAUUGCGUGAUAUUAACAAACAGAGUAACGAAGUUGAGAAAGGAAGCGGACGGGAAACUUACGCUGUACAGAAAUUUGAAGGGAGUGAUGACGACGAGAAUCAUCCCUUAGCACCGCUCAAUGUUGCAAAAGGUCGAAAACUUCAUCCAAGCGCAAGAGCUAAAUCUGUUGGCCAUGCCCGUCGUGAAUCACUAAAAUAUAUGAGACCCCCAGUACCUACAUCUGCAUAUCCUCAACAGGAGCUUAUAGAUACCGGAUUCUUAGAGUCUAGCGACGAUAACAAAUCUGAUAGUUUGGGAAAUGUUACUUCACAUACAAAUGAUAGCGCCAGUGUGCAUUCCGUGAAUGUACACAUAAAUUCGUCAUCUAUAGAAAAGGAACUAACGGAUGAACAGAUACUACAGGAAGCUUCUAAAGCUCCAGCCGGUUCUAUGCCGUCCAUCGAUUUCCCUCGUUCUUUAUUUUUGAAGGGUUUCUUUUCUGUUCAGACAACUUCGUCGAAGCCUUUACCAAUUGUUAGAUACAAGAUUAUGUUCGUCCUGAGGAAAAUGCACAUUGAUUUCAAGGAAGUUAAAGGUGGGUUUGUUUGUAUGCAAAGGUUCUCCAGUAAUAUGGCAGCAAAGAGAGAAGAAACUCCAAGGUCGAUCAUGCCGGUUUCGCAUCAUGGAUCCAUUAGACGUCAAGGUUCUAAUAAAUAUUCACCCUCUUCCCCUUUAACAACUAAUUCUAUUCAUCAAAGGAAAUCAUCUAUAACUGAAACCUAUGGAGAUGACAAGUAUUCGGGAACGUCACUGGAAAACAUUCGCCAACAAGGCGACGGUAGCGGAGGCAUGACUACAACAGAAAAAGAGCCCAUCAAAUUCGAGAUUCAUAUCGUCAAGGUGCGUAUUGUUGGUUUAGCCGGUGUGCAUUUUAAGAAAAUUUCUGGGAACACUUGGAUGUAUAAAGAGCUGGCUUCUAGUAUAUUAAAAGAACUAAACUUAUAA